CUCCUUUCGAACUUGAUUCAAGAAGAAAUGUCAAGGAACGGAGGUUUUUUGAAAUCGAAUCGGAAUGUCCACAGCACAAUGGAGAUACGGGCGAGAAGGCCAGUACAGCGAAACAAACUACCUCUCUAUCACAGAUAGGCUUGCUUGCUAUGGACUAGCAGUCACGUAACGUGGACAAGACAGCAGUGGUCUCAGGUCCUUUUCAUGGAUGAGUCCAGACUUGUCUUAAGUCGUCACGAUGGUGGAAUGCGGGUAUGUCAUCGUCAGAAUUAAAGGUUUGCUGACCAGUGUGUUCAUGAAAUCCCUAACCGGGGAUAUGUGCAGGUGAUGGUCUAGGGCGGAAUCACUACAGACCACAGGACAGCACUGGUACAUGUUCCGGCAGCACUGAAUGGCGCCAACAAAGUAGCCAUCAUGUUGCAGCCACAUGUGGCACCGUUUAUGCAGAACCAUCCAGGCUACACUCCAGCCCAUCAUGCCAGGGUGACACAAGCUUAUCUCGCACAACAACAAUUCGGUUUCAUCCAUCCCUGGCCAGCUGUAUCACCCGACAUGAACCCAAUUGAACAUGUGUGGGAUAUUCUUGGGCGUUAAAUCCAAGAGAUGAAUCCCGCUCCUCAACAACGCUCAGUUGAUUCAAAGCCUAAUCAAUGCUUGGAACGCCAUCCCACAACAUCAAAUUUCCAACAUCGUCAACUCUAUGAGGCGCAGAUGCCGCACCGUCAUUGCUGCAGGCGGCGGUCGCACACGAUAUGAAUCCUGUCGAACUUUCAGACAUUAGCUGAAAUGCUUUUAAUUUGACUAGUACCAGUGUACUUUGCUAUCAGACGUUUCGAAAACCAUAAUUUAGGAUUACAAUGUCAAUGUAAAGUUUCUUGUUGGAAAAAUGCACUUUUUCUGAUUUUUAAAAUUUGGACCCUAUCACUUCAGGUGGGGCUUCGAGCACCAGGAUUUCAGUCUGUGGAAGAUGCAAAGAAGUCAAGUGACUUUAUUGAUUGAAGAAUUUCUGAAUCAUGUAAUCAAUCUGGAGGAUCGUCCAUUUUCUAAACCAAAAGAGAUUUCAGAGAAAAUGUGGACAGCAUUUAUGGAAAUGGUACCAGCAGAGUUAGAUUCCUUGUUGAGAAGUGGUCAUGAACUGGUAUUGUUGAUUGAUGACAACAUGUACCUUCACAGCAUGCGGCAUGAGUAUUUCAAGAUGGCAAGGAAAUUCAGCGCUGGAUUUUGUGAGAUAUUCAUGGAAUCUGAUGUGUCUGAAGCCUUAAGGAGGAAUAAAACGAGGAGUGUGGAACAUGUGCCUGAGGAAACGAUAAUCAAAAUGGCUGCUAAACUGGAACCUCCAGAUAGACAUAAAUUUUCCUGGGAAGAUCACAUCUUGGUGGCUCAUGCCUGUUCACAAUUCGAAAUAGAACCUGUGGUUCAACUCAUUGAAAAGUCCAUAGCUGACCCUGUGCAGCGACUGUCUGAAUCAGAUGAAGAAGAAAAGGCCACCAGUCGCUAUGAGUGUUCUGUCAGCACUUUACAUCAAAUUGACCUAAUUCUAAGGAAAUGUGUCACUGACCUCAUGGUCACCAGUCGAAAUCGUCAGCUACCAGCAAAUGAGUUAAAAGAGCUUGGUAAAAAAGCAUCUAAAGUGAAGGAAAAAAUCAUUCAAGAAUUUAAAAGAAACAACCAAGAAUUUCUAGCUGCAAUCAGUGAGUUUAACAUUCAAGAUGCAGCAAAAGAUUCUCAAAGCAAUUUGUCCAAAUUCAUGUAUGAACUUUUUCAUUCGGAACUGAGCUGACACUGAAUGUUUGAUUUUAAGAAGUGACACAAUGCUUGCACAAGGACGAUUAAU